CCAACUCAAUAAACCUACUGCUGUCACAGACUGUACCUUGAGGCUACCGAAAUACUGCGCCCGCGUCUUAGUAGCCUUCUUUGGGGUUGUAGUGAAGCCAAAUCUGCGGCGCCGCUGCCACGUAUUAAGAAGAGUCACUUACCCCAUAUAUUCCGGAAAUACAUCGCAGAGGACGUCGGUGUGAGGAUGGCUGCGUACAAGCUGGUCCUGAUCCGCCAUGGAGAGAGCUGCUGGAACCAGGAGAACCGCUUCUGCGGCUGGUUCGACGCGGACCUGAGUGAGACCGGGGAGCACGAGGCAAAGAAAGGAGGACAGGCGCUGAAAGACGCUGGCUAUGAAUUUGAUAUUUGCUACACCUCUGUUCUAAAGAGGGCCAUCCGCACCCUGUGGUUUGUUCUGGACAGCAUCGACCAGAUGUGGCUUCCUGUCCACCGGACCUGGCGCCUCAAUGAGCGCCACUAUGGUGGCCUGACUGGGCUGAACAAGGCUGAAACAGCGGCUAAACAUGGAGAGGCCCAGGUCAAGAUCUGGAGGCGCUCUUUUGACACUCCUCCCCCACCCAUGGAUGAAGGGCAUGACUUCUAUCAGGCCAUAAGCAAGGACCGGCGUUAUUCCGACCUGACGGAGGACCAGCUCCCCAGCUGUGAGAGUCUCAAGGACACCAUCGCCAGGGCUCUGCCCUUCUGGAAUGAAGAGAUUGUCCCCCAGAUCAAAGAUGGAAAAAGGGUGCUGAUUGCUGCUCAUGGUAACAGUCUCCGGGGCAUUGUCAAGCAUCUCGAAGGUAUGUCAGAGGAGGCCAUCAUGGAGCUGAACCUGCCCACUGGUAUCCCCAUCGUGUACGAGCUGGACAAGAAUCUGAAGCCUUUAGGACCCAUGCAGUUUCUGGGAGAUGAAGAGACUGUCAAGAAGGCCAUGGAAGCUGUGGCUGCUCAGGGCAAAGCCAAGUAAUAGACCCCCCACCCCACCCUGGAUGUACUAGUUUUUCCAAAGUCAUUUACUGUCAUCACAGACACACCAUGUGCACUUUAUUUUGGUAGUACUCAGCUUUCACACAAACAUACAAUGUAGUGUUUGAUUUGAUUGGAAUUUACUUUGUGACAUACUGAAACAUGCAUUUCAUCAUUAGACAAUGGAGACCAUCUGUAAUAUAAUUUUAAGCACUGACCAAAAUGCAAAAUUAGGGACCAGCGAAAAGGAGCAAACAUAGACUAACCCUGCAGAGUCGUCCCCCGUAUUCCUUACUAUUUAUGACCAGUGUAGGCGAAAUCUCAGUGGGAACAGUAUAACCUAUAAAGUAUUAACACUGGCUGUUGUUAAAAGGGCAGAUUGAUAUGCUCUGCACUGCUGAUUUUUGUUUGUUGUGGCAAGAAUAAAUGUUGAGCCAUGAUGUGAUGAAAUCU